UUGGGUAAAAUUCAAAGCAGGACAGCAGUCAACACUAUCAUUAAUGUACACAGAAAAACAAGUGCGGUCAAGUCCGAUGGCUUGGGCCUCUUUGGUAGUCCGAUGGCUUGCGGUCAAAAUCCGAUGGUUUUGAGUUAAGGGAGGUUCGGAUUCUUUGGUAGUCCGAUGGCUUGGGCCUCUGAUCGUCUAAUUCUCUAUUGCCCUCGCAGUUGCUGUGAUUGUGCCAAGGGUUGAUACAUGCAUCUGCCAUUAAAUGUUACUGAAAGCUUUGCUUGUUGUUUCCCUCCUCUUCCCAUUUUGCACUUCCAUUGACACCAUAGAAAUGGACCAACAUGUAAAGGAUGGUGAUCUUCUGGUGUCCAAAGAAAACGUCUUCGCAUUAGGGUUCUUCAGCCCCAGAAACUCCAGCUCCAGGUACGUCGGAAUUUGGUAUGCUGAAAAAGAUGAAAAAGAUCAAAAGGCAGUGGUUUGGGUAGCAAACAGAAACGACCCCAUCAAUGAUACCUCUGGUGUCCUAACUAUAGACAGGUAUGGGAGACUGCUUCUUUAUUCUAACAAUAUGCAGAACAUUCCUGUGUGGUCUACAAAUGUGACGGUUCAAACUGCGAGCACUAGUUGCAUGGCUCAGCUUUUAGAUUCUGGAAAUUUAGUUCUUUUCCGGGAUAAUAAAAGCAAAAAUUUUAUGUGGCAGAGUUUUGACUAUCCUACAGAUACUCUCCUUCCGGGUAUGAAACUAGGCAUGAAUUGGAAAUUGGGGAUAGAAUGGGUCUUAACAUCUUGGAAGUCACAAGAUGACCCUGGAACUGGGGAAUACACCAAUAGGCUCUAUUCCAAUCAGACUGCCACCCCCGAAUUUUUUGUUUUUUAUAAAGGUUUGACUCCGCAUUGGCGAUCUGAGCCAGUGGACACUUUUGUCAGUAAUCAGGACGAAAUGUAUUUCUUUCUUAAAAACGAUAGCACUUCAACAAGGGUGGUGUUGAAGGAUUCUGGGUUAGUGCAACACCUCAGGUGGAACAAUGCGGAUAGAGAAUGGAAGGAACUAUGGUCAGGGCCAAAAUAUCGGUGUGACCAGUAUGGAGAGUGCGGUGCCAACAGCAAAUGUAUCCCUGACAAUUUCAAUUCGUUUGAGUGUGAGUGUCUGCCAGGGUAUGAACCGAAUGUUAGAGUAUGAGUAUGAUUCCUACAU